GGGGCUAUGGAGGGGCCUGGCUUUUGUCUGGGAGGCUCCGAGGAGACCUAGGAGAGAUUAGAUCAUGUGCUGGCACGGCUGCCGAGACCACAGAGCCGGCCCACCCUGGCCAGGGGACGGGGGCCCUGAAGGAGCCGGCUGCGGGGUCAGGCGGGGGACACGGCAGGAAAGGGCUGAGACCCCAGCUCGGGGCAGUGAGCGCUGUAGAGUGCAGACCCAGGACCCCUCUCCCGGGCUCUGGGGGAGCUGGGGCAGGCAGGCCGCGCCAGCUGGCCGAGGCCUGCGGUGCCCACCGGAUGCCAACAGCCUGAGAUCUGCUGUUGGCCUGGCCCCGGACCCCCGGUCUCAGGCCGACCUUGUGUAGACCCGAGGGAGGAACCCCAGGAAGUGUGGGAGUGAGGUCCCCCGCGCCCGGCUCUGCGGGGGCCUCAGUUUCCCCAUUGACGGCACAGCCCGGAGAGACUCCGCACGGGGGCCGGGGGCGGGGGUGCUGUUGGGUGAGCUGAGAGGUCAGGUCCCGGCUGAAGGCAGGCCCUUUUCGGGUCCUCUAGCAGGGCCGCCGUCUCCCAAAGCGCUGUGCCCCUAUGGGGCAGAAAGGAUCGCCCCUGCUGGGAUGGUCGCGUCAGGGCCGUGGAUGCCUAGCGGGGCCGCCUCUGGCCUGACCUCAGCCCAGGCCACAAGCGCCCAAGUGGCCGAGGCUGCAGUCACUUGACUCAGGUAGAACGAACGAGUGACCCCAGCUGUCCGGCGGCCACAGCCAGCUCUCCGCACCUCAGCGGGCUCUUCCCGUGCCCUCCGGGCCCUGCCUGGGGCCAAAGCUACACUAGCCAGUGUCCUGGCUCCCAUGAGGUCCAGGGAUCCAGCCUGCUGGAAGAGGAUGGAGGGUCUGGUCCCAUCCUUGGGGUUUCCCCAGGCCUGUCUGACACUGGGGCCCCCACGUCACCAGGAGGCACGUGGCCGCCCAGAGACCAACAGAGCCCUGGGACCUCCCCCAACCCGAGGACACCUUCCCGACCACCUCUCAAGGCUCGCCGCUCAGUGGAGCGGGGAAGAUGAGGAGGAUGCCGCCCGGGGGCAGUGCCAGCAGGAGAGAGACUGGCAGCUUCCGGCCCAGGAUGAGGCCGAAGAAGGCCGGUCCCUGGAGCGGCCGGAGGAGGAGAAGCUCCUCAGCCCGAAGCCCCCGGAGGGCCCUGAACUGGACGAGGAUGAGGGUUUCGGCGACUGGUCCCAGAAGCCAGAGCGACGGCCGCAGCACUGGGGGGCUGCGGAGGCCACGGGCGGUGGGGCCCCCCCUCGGGGCGAGAGUCCGGAGCUGGGGCAGGAGGAAGACAGGCCCCGCCAGCACACCUUUGGGAGCCGGGGUGGCGACGAGCUGACCCCAGCCGGGGUCUGUCUGGAGGAGCUGCGUCUGAGCCCCGACUCGGAGCCCCAGGAGGGGCCGGGAACAGAGGACACAGAGCCCAAAGGCCCCGAGGGACCCGUCCAGGGCAGCCCAGGGCUGGCAGAGACCAAGGAGGCAGAUGAGCAGCACCAGAGAUGCCAGCAGCGCAGGACACCCAGCCCCUUGGUCUUGGAGGGGACGGAACCGGGCUCGCCUCCCCUGAGCCCCAGCACCAAACUCAGCGACAGAACUGAGUCCCUGCACCGCUCCAUUCAGAAGAGUAACAGUGUGAAGAAGUCCCAGCCAGCCCUGCCCAUCUCCACGAUUGAUGAGCGGCUAGAGCAGUACACCCAGGCCAUCGAGACCUCUGGCCGGACCCCAAAGCUAGCCCGCCAGCCAUCCAUCGAGCUGCCCGGCACGGCCGUGGCGAGCACCAAGAGCCGCUGGGAGACGGGAGAGGUGCAGGCUCUGUCCUCCGCCAAGUCCCCCUCCUGCAAGGAUAUUGUAGCUGGAGACAUGAGCAAGAAGAGCCUCUGGGAGCAGAAAGGAGGCCCCAAGGCUUCGCCGACGCUUAAGAGCACCCCAUCUGCGAAGAGGUACAAGUUUGUGGCCACUGGACACGGGAAGUACGAGAAAGUGCUCGUGGACGAGGGCUCGGCGCCCUAGGCCGUCCUUCUUGCUUUCCCAAGACUGCGGCACCGCCGGCGGCACCUCCUGGCUCCCGACCCACGUGCGCAGGGGAGAGGCCGGCCAGAUGAACGCCCCCCGCCCCCCACCCCCGACCCUGCCGAAGAAGCUGCUUCUCAUGGUCUGCCUGGCCCGCAGGCACCCCCGACGUCCGCCACCUCUCGCUCCUGGACCCUCCGACCUCUUCCUCUGACCCCCAGCUCUGCCCCUCACAGUUCCGGGAGGAAAGGAACUCUGGCUGUUGGUUGGCCAAAGGACCACUUCCAGAGAAGCCACAAGCUCCCAGGGAAGGUGCAGCCGGUGCAGAGAGAGGCCACGUGCCGGGGCCUCCGUGUCAAGAGCCACCAACACCCGCAACGGCACUGGACCCCCCACCCACCCCGCUUGCAGCCCUCCACUUUGUGCAGUAAACUCCCUCCGGUGUCUCCAUGUGCUGGCUCUCUGGGGCUCACUGACGGGGGAGGGCCAGGGAGCAGGGCCCGUUGGAAAGGCCAUCCGCCCUGCACAGUGGCAGGGCCCAGGCCUCUGGCCUUCAGAUUUGGACACUCUGUCCUGUCCAGUGACCUUCUGUGUGUUAGGCUCUGGGGACUCUGAGGGUAGUCAGGGUGAAUGUGAUGGGUGGGGGCUCAGUCAUCCUCUUCCACUGUGGUACUUGCUCCUUGACUGGCCCCUUAUAAACUCUACAGCCCCUGAAACACUGUGCACU